CAAUGCCAAAUAAUUAUAUAGAAUAUAAACAAUUUUUGUUCAAAAUCCUGACGCCACAGAGAUAGGCAAAAUACACUGCACCUUAUCCACCAAACCCUACAUCGGAAAGACAGCCGAACCACCACCACCACCGCGGCGGCGGCGCGUAAUCAACAAUCGCCGCCGCGGUGCAGGUGAAUACCGAUUACUAUUAUAAACAUGAAGGUUAAAGAAAGCCCAAAUAGAAUAAAAAGGUUCUGCUGACUGCUGACAAGUGAAAUGAUGGGAGAAACCAUUUUUUCAUUCAUUGGAAUCUCGGAAGCCAAUUCGUUUCUUACUCCUGCUGGACCCACACACUGUUAGUGUGAGAAACGAGAUGAACAGGUGAUGAUGGGGGCUCCACCAUGGAAAAAGGGGUGAAGAAAAAUAGUUAAAAUUGAAGCCCACAAAAGUCUUUUUGCAGUUUCAGUUUCGGUCAUUUCUGAAUCGAAAGAGACGAAAAAUCCCGUUUUGAGGUUUUCGAUUUAUUUCAAAAUCUUGGUCCAAAGGGAAAAACGCUCGCAUCGAAAUUGGCUGCCCUAAUUCUUCUCCCUUUCUCUGAAUGCAUUUUGAUUCUUAGCAGUCUUUUAUUUUAUUUGAUUUUCUGUAGUUUGGGAGAAUAAUUUGUAGGUCUUAUGAAAAGUUUGUGGCUUUCUUGGAGUAUGAGGUGUUCUUUAAUUUGAGUUUUAGGGUUGAAAGAAUUGCACUCCCAAUUGGAUCUUGAGAAAGAGCAAAUUAAGCAGUGUUGAGUUGCAGUUGUGGAUUUUCCGAUCAUGCCGCUGUCGGAAUUGUGGAAUUUGGGCGGAGGAAAGCUUGAAUCCGGCCAACAGAGAUCUUGUCCGAACGAUGAUAUCUCUUCUCCGGCUGAGAAUGAUUUGGUGGAGUUAGUUUGGCAGAAUGGACAGAUCACGAUGCAGAGUCAAUCCGGCAGGGUCGCCGGAAAUCCCAACGCCGGGAGAGGCCGCGACGCCAUUCCGGGGCGUUCGCCGCCGCCGCCGCCGAGGAUCGGGAAGUUCGGCGGAGGAGCUGACUGUAUUUUAGACGAUAUGCCGUCGGUAGUACCUUCUGAGGAAUUGGAUUUAGGACAAGACGAUGAAAUGGUUCCAUGGCUAAGUUAUCCGAUUUCCGGCGACGUGUUGCCACAGGAUUUAGUGUCGGAUCUUCUGCCGGAGAUCUCCGGCAUCACGGCCGCCGGAAUGCCUGCUCAAAAUAGCUUUCGAAGUGUCGAAAAUUUGCAUAGCAUUGAGAGUGCAUCGAAAUCUUGUCCGAAAACUCGUCCCCUCAGCUCGUGGCCCGUUCAGACAAUGGAUGCAGUCGGGCCGGGAAAGGGGUCGAGGGUAUCGAACAUUUGUAGCAUUAGUAAUGUGGAUAGCCAUUCGAGUGCUACGGUCGGGAAUGCGAGUCGAGGAAAAGAUACGGUGAACAUUUCGAACUUCGCGUAUUUUUCGCGACCGGCUACCCUUGUCAAAGCAAGCAUUCCGAAAUCCGAAGGUGUUGGAAGAAUGGGAGCCGCGGAUCAUCGAUCUUAUAGCGUUACCCGAAAGGAAGUAGGCUUCCAUGGAUCGUCGUCUACUUCGAAGAUUGCUAUGGUUGAUUGUGGACAACCGUCGUUUGCCCCCGACGGCACCGAGAGCCUAAGCAGAGACAAUCCCGUAAUCCCGAGCAAUAUUGUCGAGCCUAUGGUUGUUUCGUCUUCGGUUGGGUCGGGUAACAGCGCUGAUAGAGUUUCGUGUGAACAGACGCAUAAUUCGAAGAGAAAGUUCGGCGAUAAUGAGGAUUCGGAAUGUCGGAGUGAUGAUAUUGAGAUGCCGUCGAUUGGUGUUAAAAAAUUGAGUCUUGCUCGAGGUGGGAACGGGUCGAAGAGAAGUCGAGCGGCAGAAGUACAUAAUCUAUCGGAACGGCGGCGAAGAGAUAGGAUCAACGAGAAAAUGCGCGCAUUGCAAGAACUUAUUCCGAAUUGCAAUAAGGUGGAUAAAGCUUCGAUGCUCGACGAAGCCAUCGAGUAUUUGAAAACUCUUCAACUUCAAGUACAGAUAAUGUCCAUGGGAGCUGGAUUAUGCAUGCCGCCGCCGAUGAUGUUUCCUCCCGGAAUGCAGCACAUGCAUCCACAAUUUUCGGCGAUGGGGAUGGGUUUGGGGUUCGGGAUGGGUAUGGCGGAUGCGAACGGAGGACCGCCGAGUUGUCCUAUUUUCCCGGUACCUCCGAUGCACUUCCCAUCGCCAAUGUCUGCUCCCGUUAAUUUCCAGAGACUUCCGACGCCCAACAUGGCUGUUUACGGGCAUCCUAGUCAAGGAAGGAUGCGUUCGGCACCGAUGACCGGAGCUCCCAAAGAAGCGCCGAGCUCAUGCUGGACUUCUAGCUCGGCAGAUCCGACAGACAAGAAUUCGCAAUCGAUUCUCGAUGCAGAAGCGAGAAGCUUGGAAAAUCAUAAAUCGAGCGAGCAGCGGGUAUCUACGAAUGAAGUCCUCGACCACGACCUUGGCGGGUCGGGUACAGAAGCAAAGGAGAAGCAGGCAGCUGAGGCUACCGCCCCUCCUUCAUCCUGAUGAAACAGCUUGAAUGAGGUGAAAGUCUAGAUGUGAUGAAUUGAUGAUAACUAUGAUAUGAUGUUUUUCCUGUUCGAUAUUCUUAGGACAGCUGCUACAGAUUUCACAUUUUAUUCCAUUUUUAUUACGAGAAUCAUAAUGAAUGAAUUUGUUUGUUUGUAUA